GAAAUCUCUGUUAUUCUGGUAAUAAAACAGCAACAAAAAUUCCAUGGAGAUGAAAUUAUAUCAAACAGCUUCAAUUUGUUUGCUGCUGCUGAUGAUACAGAGUGCUGAGGCUCAAGACAGGAAGUGCAUAAAGAAGCUGCUGCCUUGCAUGAAAUUCCUGAAUGGAACAAGAGGGAAUCCACCAGAUAGUUGUUGCAAACCAUUAAAAGAUGUGAUAAAGAACAUGCCUGAAUGCUUGUGUCAAAUGGUAAGUAUCAAAGGCAGCAACGCAGCGGAGAAAGCUGGGAUUGACAUUAAUGCGGCUCAAAUGUUGCCUGCUAGAUGUGGACAGCCUGUUAAUUACAUGGGAUGUCUCAAGGGAGCAUCAAGUUCCUCCGGGUACUCGAUGAAAUCUUCAAGUGUGAAAAUGCUAUUGGCUGUUGCUUCUCUGUUUUCUGCUCAACUUCUUUAAUUUGGACUUCAUAUAGUACAGACCUCAAUUUCUGCUUUUCAUGAUGAACAAUUGACCUCAGUUUAUAGUCUCACUCUAUUUUAGUUUUUCUUCUUUUUCUCUAUUUUGUUAACUAAUGAAUAUUGUUUUUUUUUUUUUGUUAAAACUGAAUAUAAAUUUAGUGUCCAUCUUCUUUGAUU